AGCCCGCACCACUUUCCCCCGACCGCCCGAGAGUUGCCCCAUUGCUGGAUCUUGGUGGAUAGCUCCACACACCGGCAGCUUCUCCACACUCUGCAAGGGUGCGGUUCAACCGUCGGCCUUGUCACUCGGCAUUCAGCCCGGUUGACUGGUGCAAAGACUGCAUCUCGCGCUGUUCGGCAUCUGGUGCUUUCUUUAUCUUUCGUUGCAUCUCUCUCGUCUAUCGUUUCAUUCAUCCUUCCGUAUUUAGCACGCGGAUACCCCAUGCGCAGCACUGAACCGCUUGGUUGACAUUGUUUCGAUUUACUACCGAGGUCUCGAGAGCAAAUAGCUGCAUUCAAUAUGGCGCUUUCCGGUGCCGAGGUUGCGAGGCAUGAUAGCAAGGAAAGCUGCUGGGUGGUGAUACAUGGAAAAGCAUACGAUGUGACGGAAUUCCUACCAGAGCAUCCCGGCGGGACGAAAAUCAUCCUCAAAUACGCGGGCAAAGACGCGACUGACGAGUUCGACCCCAUUCACCCUCCGGACACUCUGGACAAGUACCUCGACCAGUCCAAACACAAGGGCGCCGUGGACAUGAGCACCGUUGCGACGGUCGAGAAGGAAUUCGACCCGGAAGAGGAAGAGCGGCAGCAGCGCAUCGCAGACAAGCCCAUGCUGGAACAAUGUUAUAACAUGUUGGAUUUCGAGGCCGUUGCGAAGAAGACCAUGAAGAAAGGAGCAUGGGGCUACUAUUCGAGUGCGGCCGAUGACGAGAUUACACUUCGCGAGAACCACGAGGCCUUUCACAGGAUCUGGUUCCGACCUAGGAUCCUUGUCGACGUCGAGGAAGUUGACUUUUCCACCACCAUGCUGGGCACCAAAGUCGACGUACCGUUCUACGUAACCGCGACGGCACUAGGUAAACUGGGCCAUCCCGAGGGCGAGGUGUGCCUCACGCGAGCUGCCAAGAAGCACAACGUGGUCCAAAUGAUCCCAACACUGGCAUCAUGUUCUUUCGACGAGAUUAUGGACGCCGCAGAGGGAGAUCAAGUCCAGUGGAUGCAGCUCUACGUUAACCGAGAUCGAGCCAUCACAAAACGCAUCAUCGAGCACGCCGAGAAGCGGUGCUGCAAGGCCCUGUUCAUCACGGUCGACGCACCGCAGUUGGGCCGGAGAGAAAAGGACAUGCGAUCCAAAUUCACCGACCCAGGGACGAACGUGCAGUCGGGCCAGCAGACGGACAACUCCCAGGGCGCCGCCCGCGCCAUCUCGUCCUUCAUCGACCCAGCCCUUUCCUGGAAGGACAUCCCCUGGUUCCAAUCUGUCACCAAGAUGCCCAUACUCCUCAAGGGCGUGCAGCGCGUCGAGGACGUGCUCAAAGCCAUUGAAGUCGGCGUCCAAGGCGUCGUGCUCAGCAACCACGGAGGCCGCCAGCUCGAGUUCGCCCGUUCGGGUAUUGAGAUCCUCGCCGAGACGAUGCCGGUGCUCCGGGAACUGGGGCUCGAGAACAAGAUCGAGAUUUACAUCGACGGCGGCGUGCGCCGCGGGACGGAUAUCCUGAAAGCACUGUGUUUGGGUGCUAAGGGUGUCGGUAUCGGACGGCCUUUCCUGUACGCUAUGAGCGCGUAUGGGUUUGAGGGGGUGGACCGCGCUAUGGCACUGCUUAAGGAUGAGAUGGAGAUGAACAUGCGGCUGAUUGGGUGUACGAGUGUGGAUCAGUUGAAUCCGUCGUUGGUGGAUGUGAGGAAUUUGGGGAGCCAUAUUACGCCUGUUCCGAAGGAUAGUCUGGGGCAUACGGUUUAUGAUGCGCUGGUCACGCCUUCGUGGAAGCCGCCCAAGGCCAAGAUAUGAGGAGUGUGUUGGCUGUUGGGUUGUGGAGAGCAUGGGUGUGAACACACACACACACACAUGAGUGCGAUUUUUUUUGCGGUACCAAAAGUUGUGUACAUGAGUUUUACGAAAGUCGUGUAUGUUGUUCUCGGCACUUGAAACGAGUAUGUUGUGGUAGAAACAGUAUACUAGAGACAGUGUGCGCACACAUCCUCAACGAUAUCAAACACCAAACGUCCUAGUUCCCCUAUCUCAAAUAGUAAUUUAUUUUAGUUAAUUUGUACGUAUUACAGCUUGCUCAUCCCAAC